AAAAAAUCAUCUGACAGCCCUGCCUCCCUCCCUCUCCUCCCUCCACGGCCUGCAAACCCUGAAUGUAGCGCGCAACAGGCUGACGGUGCUGAAGGAUGGUGACCUACGCGGCCUGCACAACCUUCUGAUCCUGUCCCUUCACUACAACAAGAUCACUGCUAUAGAGGACCGAGCCUUCAUCAGGAUGAAAAAGCUGGAGAUACUGAACCUUGAGGGGAACGCCCUAACGGAGGUGCCGCCCGUAGUCCCUCACUGCACGAGACUUCGCCAACUGCAUCUGGGCCACAACCGCCUGUCCUACUUCGGGGAGAAGGCAUUGACGGGACUAAAGAAGCUACAAGAGGUGGCGCUGCACUUCAACCCUCUCCGUUCCAUCCACCACCGAGCCUUCUCCAACCUGCCCGCCCUCAGCAAACUGAUCCUGAAGGAAGUGAAACAGCUGCAGGAGUUUCCUGACCUGAACGGCACCUACAGCCUUGAGGACCUGAGGAUAGACCGCUCCUCUCUCACUUCCGUGCCUGAGGAUCUGUGUAGCGUGGCGCCAAUACUCCGAAGCCUGAACCUUCAGAGGAACCGCAUCAGGGAGCAGCCUUACCUCAACGGCUGCCGGUACCUCCGCCUCGUCGACCUAAGCUACAACAACAUCAGCUCCCUAAGGCCCGGGGGUUUUGCUGGCCUCUCCUUCCUCCAGGACCUCCUUCUGCAGGGCAACGUCGUCACCACCAUCCACAACAGGACGUUCAAAGGCCUCGAGAGACUACAAGUGUUGCAGCUGGAGGGAAACUUAAUCACCAGCAUCCAUCCCGAGGCCUUCAUGCCGCUGCACAGCCUGGAGGAUAUCAACCUCGGCAACAACAGCUUCCCGGAGUUGCCUCACGAGGGCCUGAACAAGGUCAUCUCCAUCAAGGUGCACAAUAACCGCUACCUACGAGAGUUCCCAGCCCCAGAGAACUUCCCGCUGGUCAGAACCCUCACCCUCUCCUACGCCUACCACUGCUGUCCCUUCCUCAGCCUACGAGAAACCACAGAGGCUCCAGAGAUCAUCGAGAACGUGGUAUUCAGUGUGGAGGGGCUGAACAACCUUGACCCAACCAUCUGGAAUGUGUCGAGCGUCUGGCCUGAUAUCGGUGCCAAUACCGAGAUGGUUGCCACUCCGCUUGACCUGGAAGAGACCACCACCACCGCCUCCUCCUACCCCUCUCUGCCUCGUCACCAGGUCCUCUGCCAGCCCGAGCCAGGCCCCUUCAUGCCGUGCGAGGACCUCUUUGACUGGUGGACGCUGCGCUGCGGCGUGUGGAUCGUGUUCCUGCUGGCGCUGCUCGGGAAUGGAACAGUGGUGGUGGUGCUCAUAUUUGCCAGGUCCAAGAUGGAUGUCCCGAGGUUCCUGGUCACCAAUCUUGCCUUUGCGGACUUCUUCAUGGGCCUGUAUCUUGGGUUCCUGGCAGUCGUGGACGCCUCAACCCUCGGGGAGUUCCGCAUGUACGCCAUCCCGUGGCAGACGUCAGCGGGGUGCCAGGUGGCGGGCUUCCUCGGGGUGCUGAGCUGCGAGCUGUCUGUGUACACGCUCACUGUCAUCACCAUGGAAAGGAACUACGCCAUCACGCACGCUAUGCACCUCAACAAGCGGCUCUCGCUGCGCCACGCCGCCUACAUCAUGGUGUUUGGCUGGCUCUUCGCCUCCACGCUCGCCCUGCUACCCCUCAUUGGCGUCUCGGACUAUCGCAAGUUUGCUGUCUGUCUGCCCAUCGAGACGAGGGGCGCAGGGCUGGGCUACGUGGUGUUCCUCAUGUUUAUCAAUGGCGUGGCUUUCCUCAUCUUGAUGGGCUGCUACCUCAAGAUUUACUGCGCCAUCCGUGGUUCCCAAGCCUGGAACAGCAACGACUCACGCAUCGCCAAGAGAAUGGCGUUGCUCGUCUUCACUGACUUUAUCUGUUGGGCGCCUAUAGCCUUCUUCUCUCUCACUGCUGCUUUUGGCUUACAUUUGAUAUCACUGAAAGAGGCCAAAGUGUUUACUGUAUUUAUCCUUCCGUUUAAUUCUUGUUGUAAUCCCUUUCUAUACGCCCUAUUAACCAAACAGUUUAAAAAAGACUGUGUAUUACUCUGCAAAACCAUUGAAGAGUCCAGAGUCACGAGAGGCAUCGGACGUUGCCGCCAUUCUUCAAAUUUUAGUAACCGCCAGACUCCGGCCAACACCAACAGCGCGCUGGACAACUCCACGCGUCAGGAUAACCAGUCUUGUCGGUGCCAAAACAAGACUCAAGAGUCCCAAAAACUCCACCACCGCCUGCGUAUAUCGGCGCUCAAGUACAUGUUUUGCCACAAGGAUACGGAAGAGAUGAAUUCAGCCAGUGAUUUCAGCUACCAGCAGACGAAGAGUGCAGUGAAGUCUAAACGACACCCUUCUGUCUCCAGUGAGACCUACAGUUCUUCCUGGUCGGAGACGUGGCGUCGAGGUCAGGCAGUCAUGUCAAUGCGACUUGACCGUCGACUCCACAACUCCUGGUACCUGUCUCGCAAGCCCUCUCAAGAGAGCAACCUCUCCUCCUCUCGCAAUGAUUCUUCUGCAACCACUGCAUCAACAUCCACCUGGCGCAUAUCACGGUCUUCAGUUUCUUCCGAUAUAUCCAGUAGUGGAUCGCGUGGUGUGGGAAAAGCAGACGCAGCACCUGUGCUGCGCCUUGGCUCCAUCAGGGACCGCCGAGGAGAGGGCCCGACGCAUAUUCCAGCACGACAAAUCACUCACCAUCAAGCACUGCUGGUGAGGCAGCAGCCUGGCGCAUCCGGCCAACGAUCAGGAACCACCACUUCGGCAGUCCGAAUUAAACCUCGAUUACAGAGACAAAUAGCAAUUGAACGUGAAACCUACAUACCCAGCAAAAAUGGGGGAAAACCCUGUGACAUUCCAUGCCCCUUGCACCCACGAUCUGACAACUUGUCGUGCGUGUACGAGCAAGACAGUUACGAGGAAGAAGAAAACGAGCACCAGAAAGACUACUUGAGCCCUCGCUGCCCGAUGACUGGCCUGACGGUCACCUUCAUCCCUCGCAAGCUGAGCACCAUCUCCUCACAUUCAGUAAGUGUUGUGAAGGACGCAGACAACGAGGAGUCAACUGCCACCGUGGGCACGGAGGGACACUCCCCUUGUGGUGCAUCGCCAACACCUAAGAGCAGCAGUUUGCCGCGAGGGGGAAAGUGCGUGAGCCUGACGCUUCUUCCUCAGUCCUCUGUACAGGCAAGCUCUUACCGCUUUCCCUCAGACGGCCAUCUGCCUCGCUCUCCGCGGCAUACUGAGUUCCUCUACUUCACCAAACUCGCCACGCCCGCACUCAUGAUCUCGCGCAGCGACCAGAAAGUUUAUUCCCCGGUGAAGUGCGAGGGCGACGAGGACAGCCACCAUUACGGGCAGGCCAUCAUCAGCAUCCACCAGCCUGACGACGCCCACCAGUCUGAGCAGGAGGAGUGCAUGGAGUCCACCGCGCUCAUGGACGACGAUGGCUGCGAUGGCGAUGAUGAAGUGUUUGAAGAGGAAAAGGAGACCCAGAAAAGACCCUUGGAGACACACUUCCCUGUCGAGGAGCAGCCGGGGGAAUCGCGCCCAUUGAUAUGAUGACACCUGAUCUGCGGCAGGAGCAGGCUGCACCGACGACAGGGAGUGAGAACUCUUCAGGCAGCAGUACUGACUGAGUCUUUGCUGCUGAACGCCGGAUCUUGGGUUGUGAUGACCAGGGUGACCUUCAAACUCUUCGUUUCCGGCAGCAUGCCAGCUCCUCCCGCUGCUCCUGAGACCGCGCGCCACCUGGUCCUGUGCACGGAAGUGUUGUUGAUGAACUUGGACUUGAACUUCCGUCAAGGCAAAGGGAGCCGUCAGUCGAUGACAACGGGACCAGAAUCGUAGACAUCAACAAAAUACUAGUAUUAUUUGUGCGCUACUUGGAGUUCCGUAAAUAGUAACCAACAUUCUCCAGCUCUUUUGUUUCCUUAUCAGUGUAUCAGCCAUUCAGGAGGACCCACAGGCGUCUUAGCGUGUUGUGAGUGUGGCCAGCGUGUCGUGCUGGCCAUUUCUUCAGGUGCAGUAGUUUAUGUGUUUCUUUAGUCCUCCCGGGAAGGAGUGUGAAUUCUUUAUGCAUUUUAUCCUUUAAGAACACAUGACAAAGGUGCCAGAGGUCACGAGGACAUGGUCAGCGCUGCUUGUACCACUCGUUCUGUUCUUGUUUCCGUAUCCACCACCACUAGGAGGCGACAAAGUGAGGUCGAUUCUAGUACUGAACAUGGUGCUGAAAAUACCAUUAGAGCAACGGUUCCCAGAACAAUACAGUACAAAUAAGUUAUCCGAAAGUUUUUAGCAAAUUUCUCAAGGGUACUAUUUAUGUUAUGUGGAUGCAGUUGCGGUAACUUCCAAAUUAUUUACCUCUUCCCUAACGAUUUUCUUCUCUUGCACUAACCAAGCGAUCGGACGCAACCGCCUCCUUACCAGAAGUACAGCGAGCAGUUUCAGUUUCUUACCGGGAGAUGCUUCAGCCAUGCUCCUUCUUUCUAAAUGACGCGUGGGACUCGAACCCCGGUCCUCCUCUCUCUCUCAGUCUACAGUGGCUGAGGGUUCUGUCCAAGUUCCUUCUCUUAGACCCAUUGGAGAGAAAGCCAAGGAUGUGUCGUAGAAUGGAUAGUGAGUUUGAGUUGCGAAGGUUGGAAGGUUCUACGUGAUCCAGCGAGUAAUAGAGCAAAGAUGUGAAAGAUAAGGAACUUCAGAUUACGUCCAAGCCAAAGAUUUUUAUCCUUCGUGUUAACCGUUCAUUUCCUGUUAUUAUUUUUUGUGUAUAAAUAACUGUAAUAUUGACUGACUGUGAGUAGCGAUAGAUUAUUUAUACUCUACCUUAUGGUGCUUUUUAUUUACUAAUGUGUUCUAGUGAAGCGAGCGAUUUGUAUAAUCCUUCACUGGGACAUUUUUUUAAAGCCUUUUAUCGUGAGCUUACGCCACGUCAAGAUUAAAAGUCAGCAACCUCGAGAAAUGACGAAGAAAGGCAAACAAAAAGCGCUGCUGCACAUUGACGACAGCCAGUAAAGUCAAUCCAAUAAUGAAAAGAAAAGAGUAAAUCCGUGUCGUAGGCUUAACAAUGAAAUAGGCAUACAUGACGCAGGCCUCUUGUAUUCUAUUUAGGAUGUUGAUUGUCUCUGUGUUGCACGAGUGUUGGGUGAUACGUGUUAGUGUGGCGUGUGGCAGCGAGUGUGUGAGGAGGAUUACACAUCGUGAGAGAGAGAGAGAGAGAGAGAGAGAGAGAGAGAGAGAACUUUAAUUAUGUCUCCUAAUGUCCCCAGAGAUAGAACCGCCUUACAUACAGUGGACGGUAAUGUGUGUGUGUGUGUGUGUGUGUGUGUGUGUGUGUGUGUGUGUGUGUGUGUUUAUAUUAUAUACUAUUAUUGUCAAAAACCAUGAGGCAAUGAGAAUUAUUAUGGGUUAGUGAGAAAUAGUAAUAUAAACCUUGUGUUGCGGGGACGAGGGAAGGACGGCGGGGGAUGAUGAACUGCAGGGAGAGUGACUGAGUGUCAGAGUGAGGAUGAGUGAAGCAGAGCAAGAGAGGGAAGGGGGCGAGAGGCUGGAGGACGCAGUAUCGGCCCUGCGGGGUCAAACCAUGUCAGGAAUGAAUAAAAAUAUAAAUUCAAUAAAAAUGCGAACUAUCGCUUCGAGAAUCUUUAUUUUUUACUAAGAGACUAGAGUAGAAGACUUGAUCCUGCAUUUGUGUCCACUUAGAAGAUUAAGACGUUUCAAUAAACUCUUGCAUUGUGUACUAAACUCUCCUGUGUAGAGGUACUUAAUAAAGAAACUGUUUAUUCCUUGGUUCGAGGGUUUCUCUCCUCGAUUAGGAAUCUUUGUGACAAACACUAAAUAUUAUUGCUAUUACGAAGAAAACUCAAGGAAUUGUAAUGCCUGUGCAAGGAUAUUAAUUGUAAAUGUACAAACUAUUGGUGUUUGAUCCUUUUAAUGUUAUUCUUAAUGUGGUCAAAUAUAUUAAUCUGAUAAAUCUCUUGUUAA